AUGCACAAUAACAAUCCUCAUCACCACCUACACCAUCAGUACCCACACUUUUACUCUUCCUAUCAGCAACAACCGUAUUAUCAUCAUCAUCCACAACCAGAGUAUGGAAAUGGCAACAUUUCUCAUCAAUCCCAUUUACCUCCACCACUACCAACCGCACAGCACAACCACAACAAUUCAUCCCAUCAUCUCUUCACCACCACAGCACACAUAUCCAAUCAAGCCACUCUCUCCGCAGUACCACCACAAUCCUCUUCUUCAACAACCUUUGUUGCUCCGGUUCUCAUCAAUGGUGUUGUUCUGAAUCCUGCUGCAUCAUCAUCCACUUCGGGAUUGCAACCACCACCUCCCAAUCUCACUACAGACACCACCACAACCAUAAUAACAACAACCGAACCAUCCAAUACCACUCAACAACAAGCAUCCCAUAUGACUACUCCAACAAUAACAACAAUAACUUCUCCUUCCUCUCCGUCUCAACAACCAACAAUGAUGAUGAAUCCAUCUUCAGCUUCGGCUUCAUCACAAUCCAACAACACUAAUAACUAUCUUCCUCCCAAUUCCAUUGUGUACAAUUCACCCGUGGCACUCUAUCCUAUAUCAUGUGUGCAUUGCAGAAAGCAACACAAACGUUGCGACCGAAAACUUCCAAGUUGUGACCGAUGCAUUCAGAAAGGUCUCACAUGCAUGUACAAGGAAUCAAAACGAAUUGCCACAACUGCAACCAUUUCAACGACGAAGACAACCAAUUGUUCCGCCUCCACUACCAUAGCAACAACCGAACCCAGUUCAAUAAAUCCUUCUUCGGAGGGAGGAACGCCAACUCCAAAAAAACGAAAUUCAAGAAAACGAAAAAAGAACACAACAGAGAAUCAAAUUCAAUGUCAACCUCCAUUGAUUCAAGAAAAAGAAACACUGCAGAGAACAUCUUCUUCCUCACAAUUCAAUCAGGAGGUAAUUCAUUCCAAUAUGUCUCAUCCUCGCUUUAAUCAUCAAAAAUUCUAUGAAGAAGGACUUUCAAAAAGACAAGUCAUUGAUUGUUAUUACAGUUUUGCAUGUGAUGGUUUUCCACUCAUGGAUCGAGAGGAUAUGGAGCAGUGUCCUGAAAAUUAUUUGGAUUAUUUGCAAAAUACACCUAUACUUGAAGAAAAUGAUGAAGAACUGAUGAAUUCUUCGAGAAAUAAUGGAAAUGCCAAGUUCAAACAUUUACAAGAGUUAGUCGCUUUAUUUUUAAGUGUGAAGGCAGUGUGUGAAAUGAGAUGUGGAAUGUCAGAAGUCGCUGAAAAGAGCGCUAAACUCGCUCGAAAUGCUAUUUGUAAUUAUUUUGAUCAACAUGAAAGCUUUCUGGUGGCAACUACUUUUUCACACUUGUCACAAUAUGAAAUUCUCAAUUCACGAAUAACGAAUGCAAAAUUCUACUUGCAAUUUGUUGCCUUUUACUUGCAACAUCGAUUUGUACAGACUGCAGAAUGUGAUACGAAUGAUGAUUCAUCGGCCUCCUCAACAAUCUCAGCAACAACAACAGCAAUGAACAGCACUGAUACGAACCAGCCAUCAUUGUCCGCUUCAACACAGAACAAUAAUAAUAGCAUGAACAACAACAGCAGCCAUACAUCACCUGCCGAACACGACAUUAGUCAAUGUCGAUAUUGUCUCUCUAAAAUGACACAAUACGAAAAGAAUUUGGAGAAUAACCGACAAUACAUUGAUCAAAGUAUUUUAUCCAUGGGAGGUUCUGCUCAUGCACCAUCAAGUGUAGAUGCCAGUGGACGAAAUGCCAAAUCAUUCUUUGAUCUAUCAUUUGCAGAAGGCGGAUUUUUGAGAGAAAUUCCUCGAUAUUUCACCAUGUUUACAGGAUUGAAAUUUCCACCUCAAUGGAUUACUCUAUUGAAUCAAGAAAUUUCACACAAAAAUUGUUAUGAUAUUUUGAAAUUAUUGGAUACCAUCUUCACCUUUGUAAAACAGCACAUUAAGGAAAAAUUAUCAAAUCCGAGCAAUACUGUCGCCACUACUUCUACUCCUCCAACAACAUCCUUUGAUUCUCAGAUGAAGUCAAAUAACAGUAAUAAUAGUGUAUCAGAUGGAACAAAAAAUAGCGACACCACACCAACACCCUGCUUCUUUCAAGGAAAUUCUCAAUGCCUCUCUCUCUAUGAACACAUGUUAGAUAUUGUCCUCAAUGGAACCAAAAUUCGUAUUCUCUCAAAAUUAGGAAAUUAUCACAGUGCCACCAGUCGAGAAAUUAUUGAGCAGUCGGCCUAUAAUAUUACCAUGUCGACACAGCACGAUCUAUUUCCAUUCUUUUUGCCAUAUCUAGUUCCUUUUAUUUCGGCAGCAGCAUUGGUUCAUUUGAGAAUUGUGAAAAUGAUUUUAAAUAAUUCGAACAACAAUACUAAUUUUGGAGAAGGACAAAGUCAGCAAUCAUCCGCACCAACAACACAAACUGAUCAUGUCAAUCCUAACCAUACCAUGACCACCCAUGCGCUGAAUUCAUCCUCAUCCUCAUCACCUCAACAAUCUCAACAACAACAACAAUUAGAACGACGCAAAAUGUUCGAAGAAUUACUCGAACAUUCCCAACUUCACACUCAACACAUUCAACAACAACUCAAAAAAAAUCAUUCUCUCACCACUCCAACAGGAUCUUCGAGUGCUGUUGCUGCUGCUGCGACCUUGCAGUCUCAUCAUGCCAAUACUCUCAGUCGCUACUAUGAAGAGAUUUUACGAAAGGAUUUGAGAGCCAUGCACAUCCUGGCUCGUCGUUUCAAACUCGUGAGUACCCAGUACAGUAAAUUAUUACGAGAGAUGGAGGAGACUUUGAAUCAGUUGGACAUGAUGAAACAAGAACAACAACUACAACCACCUCAAUCACAACUGCAGCAACCUCAACAACACUCUCAAACCUCCUCCUCCGCUCAUGCACAGAAUAGCUAUUCAUCUUCACCUUAUCCAUCUUCCUUCCUUCCAAGUACAGAUGGGAAGCAACAGCUUCAAAGUAAGUCAUCAUCUUCUAGCUCCUCCGAAGGUUCAAAGUUAUCGCCCACAACAACAACAUCACCACCACUACCCUCUUCGUCCUCUUCUCAUUCCAUGGCAGCAGUAGCAGCAUUACCUGCGCAGUUUAUUCCUUCCUUCCUUCCAUCGAAUCCUACUACAACUGAUAUAUCGACUAGUUCACUAGGUAGUGGUGGUCUUGCUUCUCAUCCUCAACAGCAACAAUCAUCCUCCUCUUUUUAUGGUGCAGCUUCUGCUGUUGCUUCUUCUUCGGGAGCCUCAAUGAACAACAUUGGAGUUGAACCUCACGGACAGCAGCUGCCACAACAACCACAAGCCUUAGAAGGUUCCACACAGCAACAACAAACCUUUGAUUUGAUCAUGAUGGCAAACAGUAAUGAGGGAAUUUUGAAUGAUGGUAGUAACAACAAUAGUAAUCACAAUGCUAGUGAUAAUCCUAAUGUAAACUUGUUCAACUACAACUUGUUGGGCCACGAUUCGCAAAAUAUACAGAGCUUGAUGAUGAAUAUGAUCAUGAUGGGAGGAAGUUUGGUUUCUGGACUAGGAGGAGGAUCACCACCUUCAACAACACCUAACGGCAGCAGUUUGGUGGGACACCCGACUUCAAAUCAUGCUCUACCCUUUUUGACCACUAACCUUGGAAUGCCAAUGAUGAUGAAUAGCAACUUGAUGCCUUCUUCCUAUGAUCCUAAUAGUGGCCUUCUUGCCAAUUGGAAUUCAUCAUCAUCAACGAUGAUGGAAGGACUGGUAACAACGACCAGUACUGGUCCUAAUAACACUGGAAUCACCACCAGUAAGGCAUCUUCACCUCAAUCCUCGACUGUGUUUGAUCCGUUUCUGACUGAAGAAGAUUUAGAUAUGAUUUUUUCAUGGAAUCAUACAGGUUUUGGUAACAACCAUGCCUCAGUUAUGGAUGUGACCUCUCAUCCAACUUCCAGUAUGAAUGUCAACACGUAUGCGAAAAUGGACACUCCCGCCAUGCAUGCCUUAUUGGAUCAACAUUUACAAUUGAAUAACUCUUCUUCGAGUUCAAGUUCUGGAAUGAAUCAAAAAGAGAGGUGA